GAUAGCAACUUUUGUACACUUAUUAAAUGCGGCACUUUUGUGCGUUCGAGGCUUAUACAUCACAGGUUGAAAAUGUCUGCUGGUGGUAAAAAAGGAAGCGCGAUUUUCUCUGGAUUUAGGGCACUCGGACUUUACUCCAGCCAUCUGCCCCACGUGGUGCGUUUUCACAAGAAACAUCGAGAGUUUUACAUCGUGACAGCGGUUGGAAAAUGUUUCCAUACAUAUAACGUGAAGAAACUUGGAAUUGUGGCUGUCAGUAAUGCCCUGCCAGCAGACAUCUCAUGCCUGGCUGCUGAUCGCAUGCUUGUCUUCACCUCUCACGGGAGAGUCAUCACAGCUUUUGCAAAGAACAAAGAAGUGGUGCACACGUAUAACGGCCAUUCAGCUGAUGUACACAUUCUCUUGCCAUUUGGAGAUCAUCUGAUAUCUGUCGAUAGAGAUAAUGUUGUCAUCAUCUGGGAUGUGGAGGCAGAAGAGGAAUAUUUGCAGAUCUCUUUUGACAAAAUGUCAUUUGAGGUUUCUGCUCUUCUGCACCCCAGCACGUACUUGAACAAAAUCCUGCUUGGAAGCAGUCAAGGUGGUCUCCAACUAUGGAAUGUCAAAUCAAACAAACUGCUGUACACCUUUUCUGGAUGGGAAUCAGCAGUAACUGUUCUCCAGCAGAGCCCAGCUGUGGAUGUUGUGGGAGUGGGUUUGGCAUCUGGUCAGAUUAUUUUACACAACAUCAAAUUUGAUGAAACUCUUAUGAAGUUCCAGCAAGACUGGGGUCCAAUUACCUGCUUGUCCUUCAGAACAGAUGGCCACCCUGUCAUGGCUGCCGGUAGUCCUGUUGGUCACAUUGGACUGUGGGACUUGGAGCAAAAGAAGCUGAUUGGACAAAUGCGUGAAGCUCACAGCACAGCCAUCGCAGGUCUCACCUUCCUCCAUGGCGAGCCAUUGCUCAUCACCAAUGCAGCCGACAAUGCCAUUCGGGUCUGGAUUUUUGAUACAGCAGGCGGUGAGGGGCGUCUGUUGCGCCAUCGGCUUGGACACAGUGCCCCCCCCACAAAGAUUAAACACCAUGACCAAAAUGGGCAGCACAUUCUCAGUGCAGGUCAAGAUGGAACUUUGCAGUCGUUCUCUACAGUUCAUGAGCGAUUUAAUAAGAGUUUGGGUCACGGCACCCUCAACAAGAAGAAAGUCAAAAAGCAAGGCCUGAAGUAUGACACAGCUCAGCUGCCAGCCAUAACCACUUUUGCAUCAGAGACUGCCAGACAGAGUGACUGGGAUGGCAUCGCGGCCUGUCACCAUGGUUAUCUCCUUGCUACUACGUGGAACUAUCAGAAAGGUUCGAUGGGCGCUCACAAACUGGAGCCGGAGCGUUUUAACAAGAACCGCGCUCUCAAUGUUCAUGCCACGGCAGUGGACAUCUCCUCAUGUGGUAACUUUGUGGUGGUCGCGCUCUCGUCCGGACACAUCGAUUUGUACAAUAUGCAGUCAGGUCUCCAUAGAGGUCAAUAUGGAGCAGACAGAGCACACGCAGGGCCUGUUAGAGGGGUUGCCGUGGAUGGACUGAACCAGGUGAUGGUUAGUGUUGGAGCAGACGGGCUAUUGAAGAUGUGGAAGUUCAAAUCCAAAGAGCUCAUCCACACAGACAUCCUGGCUGCCUGUCCGGCCGCCGUUCUCUUACAUAGGGACAGUGGGAUGCUAGCUGUCUCUUUGGACGACUUCACCCUCAACGUCUUUGACCUGGAGACGAAGAGGACAGUUCGCCGAUUCUCUGGACAUCGGGGGAAGAUAAACGAUAUGACUUUCAGUCCAGAUGGGCGAUGGUUGAUAACGGCCUCUAUGGACUGCACUGUCAGGACCUGGGACCUCCCCUCUGGCUGUUUGGUAGAUUGCUUCUUGGUAGAUAAUGCAGUGGUCAGCCUCAGUAUGUCCCCAACAGGGAACUUCCUGGCGUCCGCCCAUGUGGAUACUCUGGGUAUUUACCUAUGGUCCAAUAACGCCCUCUGCAGUGUAGUGUCAUUGCGCCCUCUACCUGCGGACCACGUGCCAACGGUCGUCAUGCUGCCGGGAACCUGCCCCAGUCAAGAUGAGGAAGAAGACAAAGAAAUAGACGAAGCAGACAGCUCUGAGAUGGCUGAGUACAUCUCUCCAGAGCAGCUGAACAAACAGCUAGUCACUCUGUCUUUGCUGCCAGAGUCUCGCUGGAAGAACCUUCUCCACUUGGAUGUUAUCAAGAAACGGAACAAACCAAAGGAACCACCCAAAGUUCCCAAGGCUGCCCCAUUCUUCAUCCCUACCAUUCCAGGGCUGGUGCCGCAGUUUGCCCUUCCUGAAACAAACACUGAGGAACAGUCCAAAGUUGUCAAUUUGGGAGUGCUGGCACAGAAGUCCAGUUUUUACUUACAGCUGGAGGAUGCUUUAGUCAGCAAAAACUACGAGCGUCCGCUGAUGCUGCUGAAGGAGCUGGGACCCUCUGCCAUUGACACAGAGCUGAGGGGCCUGGCCCCGGAAAUGGGAGGAGACGUGCAGGUCAUGCAGAGUUUUCUGAGGAUGAUUGGAAGCAUGCUCCAGUCUAAGAAAGACUUUGACCUAUCACAGGCCUACCUGGCCCUCUUCCUGAAGCUGCACCUCCGCCUGAUCGCCCAGGAGCCAGAGCUGAUGACUGAAGCAUUGACAGUCUCCACACAGCUGGAGGAGACAUGGAUCUCUAUGCAGACACUCUUAAACCAAAGCCUGUGUCUUCUCACAUACAUCAAAAGUGCUCUGUUGUGAAAUCAAUGUCCUUCUCUAUCUUUUCUCUGUUUUGUUAUGUUACCAUAGCAUGAAGCCUAACAGUCUUCACAUGUACAAUGUUUGUAAAUGGUCUGUUUUGUAUGCAGUAACAAAACAUAAAAUUUCGAAUUAUUUGAAGUUUUUUGAUGAGAUGUUGCUGAUGAUGUCUUCAUUUUGAAUUAAAAAAAAGGAAAUGUUUAGUAAUGUAACCAGCCAAUAGAGAUGCAACGAUGCCAAACUUGUCAGAGUGAUUUACUGUUUGAUACAAAAACAAUACUCAUCACACUGUCUAGGUGAGAAGGAAUUCUAUGAAUGCCUGAUUUCUUUAAAACAAUUUGCUGCUGGUAAUAUGGCUCAACAGCCUCCCUCAGUCACUCAUUACUGUCAUGUCAGCUGAUACACGAGGCAGAAACAAAAAUCCCUUCAUUUCUGGUCUUCGUGAGCCAUUUUGCUUGCCAUACAUCAUAUUGUCUGUACAGUCCAGCCUCUGUGAUCCUUUGGCGUAUAAUUUUUGGCUCUCUUAGUUGAGCUGAUUUUCAGACAAUCUGUG